GCAAAACUGCUACGCUAGUUCCGUUUACCUGACAUCCAUCUGACAGAGAGCGGAGCUCGUAGCCUUCUCAGUACUGAUGGUGAAUAGCUACUGUUGCGUUAACAGGCGGAGGAGCAGAAGCCGCAGAAGGAGAGUCAGCAGUGCUAGAGGAGCGGUAGUUUGGGGAUCAGCUUUUGAAUUUAUCAAUCUUACUCUUAUCAACGGAGCACCCUAAAAAGAUAUAGAAGGGAAGGGAAAAAUAAGGAAAGAUGGCGGCCGCGGCCUCGCCGGGCUCCUGCUCGUCUACCUCCUCAGACUGGAUUGUACUGAGAGACGGUUGCCUGCGUUGCGACGAGGAGGGCCUGCGAAGCCUUUCCUAUCACCCGGCCCUGAAUGCUAUUCUGGCCGUCACUAGCCGGGGCAGUAUCAAAGUCAUCGAUGGCACGUCAGGCGCCAUUCUACAGGCCUCGGCUAUGCAUGCUAAACCAGGGGGCCGCGUCAGGUGUCAGUACUUCCCGUCUGUGGACAAGGUCCUGUUUGUGGAUGACUAUGCGGUCGGCUGCAGGAAGGACCUCAAUGGCAUCCUGCUGCUGGACACGGCCCUGCAGGCCCCUGUGGCCAAACCUGAGGACAUGGUCCAGCUGGAGCUGCCCGUCACUGAGGCCCAGCAAAUGUUAUCAGCCUGUCAGGAGAAGGUGGACGUGUCCAACACAGAAGGCUACGACCUGUUCAUCACCCAGCUCAAAGAAGGACUCAAGAAUACCUCGCACGAGACGGCAGCCAACCACAAAGUGGCCAAGUGGGCAACGGUGACGUUCCAUCUCCCCCACCAUGUGCUGAAGCUGGUGGCCAGCGCCAUCGUCAACGAGCUGAAGAAGAUCAACCAGAACGUGGCGGCCUUGUCCGUAGGCUCGUCCAUCAUGGACCGGCUCUCCUACCUCUUACCCAGCGCUCGUCCUGAGCUGGGGGUGGGGCCUGGCCGCUCUGUGGACAGGUCAUUGAUGUACAGCGAGGCCAACAGGAGGGAGACGUUCAUGUCGUGGCCCCAUGCUGGGUACAGGUGGGCACAGCCUGACCCCAUGGCCCAGGCAGGAUUCUACCACCAGCCUGCCUCCACAGGUGACGACAGGGCCAUGUGCUUCACCUGCAGCGUGUGUCUGGUCUGCUGGGAGCCCACCGAUGAACCAUGGUCCGAGCACGAGCGUCACUCCCCCAACUGCCCGUUUGUGAAGGGCGAGCACACCCAGAACGUGCCCCUGUCCGUGACGCUGGCCACCAGCCCCGCCCAGUUCCCCAGCCCGGACGGCUCGGACAAGAUCGCCUGCUACGGCUUCGGCAGCUGCCCCCACUUCCUGGCCGCGGCCACCAAGAGGGGCAAGAUCUGCAUCUGGGACGUCUCCAAGAUGAUGAAGGUGCAUCUGAAGUUUGAGAUCAACCCGUACGACCCGGCCAUCCUGCGCCAGCUCAUCCUGUCCGGGAGCGAGCAGCCCAGCCUGGGGUCAGAGGCCAGGAGGCCCCUCCUGGCCUGGCUGGAGGAGGAGUCCAGCUGCUCCGACAUCCCCAAGCUCGAGGGAGACAGUGACGAUCAGUUGGAGGACUCAGACAGCGAGGAGCAUUCCAGAUCAGAGUCGGUGACCGGCCAGCCGUCCCAGAGGGAGAGCAUGGAGGUGAGCCUGGGCGUGACGGCGCUCAGCGUGCUGCAGCAGCCAGACAAGCUCCAGUGGGAGGUGGUGGCCAGCGUGCUGGAGGACACGGUCAAGGACCUGGAGGAGCUGGGCCAGAACCCCUCCCUGGCCCAGGCCAAGGCCCAAGACAAGGCCAAGGACAAGCCCACGGAGCACCACAACAUUCCCUUCCCCUGCCUCCUGGCCGGAGGCCUGCUCAGCUACCGCUCGGCAGCCGGCACCCCCCUGGCCGGCCCGCCCCCCGCCCCCUCCCGCCGCGCCAUGGACGGCCCCCUCAGGACUCAGGGCCUCGAGCUCGCGCACGCCGGCCCCGACCAGGGCCCCAUGGAGAUAGACACCUGUAACCUCCCCAGCGCCCCCCCGGACCUGGACUCCCCCACCCUGGCCGGCCCCCUCCCCGUCCCCCUCCCGGCCCCGGCGCCGGCCGUGCGCAGGACUAUGCCCGUGCUGCUGCUGUACAGCAUCAAGGAGGCGGACGACAAGUCCUCCGGCAAGGUGUUCGCCCAGAUGAACAACCUGAUGAGCAAAGGGCUCCACGAGGAGGGCUUCACCGUGCCCCAGAUCAUCGAGAUGGAGUUCGACACCCACGAGCAGCUCCUCCUGCAGGACCCGCCCAUCACCUACAUCCAGCAGUUCGCCGACGCCGCCGCCGCCAACCUGGCGUCCCUGGACGCCGCCGACAAGUGGGGCUCGCUGGCGCCGCGCCCCGGCGCCCUGGUCCAGUGCCUGCGGCUGCCCCGGCAGCUGGAGGAGGAGAACCUCUACGUGGACUCGGUCACGCCGUGCUGCGACGGCGCGCACCUGCUGGUGGUGCUGCAGCCGUGCGGCGUGGAGUCGCUGAGCGCCAUCAACCAGGUGGAGGCGCUCAACAACCUCAACCGCCUCCACUCCGCCCUCUGCAGCCGGGGCAAGGGGGAGCUCCACCCCCUGCCCACGCUCGCCAACGGCCUCGAGGCCCACCCGGCUGCCUCGCCGCCGCAGACCCCGCUCAUCCUGCCCCCGCCCGACCAGCAGCAGCAGCAGCACCAGUCCAGAUCUAUAGGAGGGCUGGGGGGUGGGGGCUACCUGGCCCUCUACAAGCUCAACUACUCCACCCGCGUGGUCACGCUGGAGGAGGAGCCCGUCAAGGUGCAGCACAUUCGGGACUCUCGCGACGCCGUCACCUCCCUCAUCCUGCUCCCGCCGGACGUGCUGGACGGGAGGGAGGACGACAGCGAAGAGAGCCCAGAGGAGGGGCCUCAGUGCGGGCUUAAAAACGGCACAGGGACGGGGUCCUGCUCCGGGACUGGAUGUGGCGGCGGCGGCGGGGGCGGCGGAGGCACGGCCGGAGCCGCUUUCGGUGCCAAGGAGAAGCAGAGGCCUGACGUGACGGGACUGGGCCACCUGGUGGUGACCACGCAGGCUGGGUACAUCAUGAUCUUGGACCUGUGCACGCUUGAGGUCCUGGCUAAAGCGGAGCCCCCCAAGAAGGAGGGCUCCGCCGAGGAGACGGACCCCUUUGUCUCGGUCACCUACUGCUCCGGGACGGACCGCCUGUGCGCCUGCACGAAAGGUGGAGAACUUCAUUUCCUUCAAAUUGGAGGUGUGUGUGACGAUAUAGAUGACGGCGACAUUUUCGUCGACGGCCCCCUUUCUAAAGGGGUGGAACAGCUUCUGGAGGGAACCAAGCCCUCCUCCAAUCCCUCAAGUCCAGGGAUCACAGGAGUUGACCUCCUGGUGGACCAAGCGCUGGCCCCGGAGAGUCUGACGUCGCUGGUGGAGCUGACACGCUUCGAGACGCUGACACCGCGCUUCUCGGCCACGGUGCCGCCGUGCUGGGUGGAGGUGCAGCAGGAGCAGCAGCAGCGACGCCACCCUCAGCACCUGCACCAGCAGCACCACGGCGACGCCGCCCAGCACACGCGCACCUGGAAGCUGCAGACCGACAGCUCCAGCUGGGACGAGCACGUGUUUGAGCUGGUGCUCCCCAAGGCCUGCAUGGUGGGCCACGUGGACUUCAAGUUCGUCAUGAAUGCCAACAUCACUAACAUUCCUCAGAUCCAGGUCACCCUGCUCAAGAACAAAGCCCCAGGGCUGGGCAAGGUCAACGAGACGGCCGUUGACAGACAGAUCUCCUUCCCCCUAUCCCACGUCCUCCACGCCAAUGGCGAAAGGAACGGCCAGCCCCUCCUGCACGACUUUGCCGAGGACAUCCAGUUCAUGGACAUCGAGGAGACACCAGGGUCCAGGCUGUGCACUUUCUUAGAGGACCAUAAGGAGGACAUCCUGUGUGGGCCUGUGUGGUUGGCCAGUGGGCUGGACCUAUCAGGACACGCCGGCAUGCUUAGCCUCACCAGCCCCAAACUAGUCAAAGGCAUGGCGGGGGGGAAGUACCGCUCCUUCCUGGUGCACAUCAAGACGGUGAGCGACAAGGGCAUGGAGGACAGCCCGCGGCCCGUGGUGCGCAUGCCCGCCGCCAAGCCCCAGAGCACCAAGGCCCACUCCCUGUCCACCCUGCUGCAGAGGGCACAGGCCUCCAAGGAAAAGGCCUCCACUUCCAAAGCUGACCCGCCCACCUCAUCCAAGAAGCCUGACAACCUCCGAGGCUGCGACCUGCUCCAGGAGGUGUCCGUCACAAUCAGAAGGUUCAAGAAGACCUCCAUACCCAAAGAGAGAGUCCAGCGCUGUGCCAUGUUGCAGUUCCUGGACUUCCAUGAGAAGCUGCUGAGUGGCCUGUGCAAGCGGGCGGAGGAGGGGCCGGGCACGGAGCACGCCCAGAGCCUCACAUCCUGGACAUCCUGUGCUGGCUGGCGGGGGGUCUACUCUAACGGACCCUGCAGCCUGAGAGAAGGGAAAGACGGUUUGUUGACGAAAACAAGGAAGAGACUCACAGACAUCGUGCGCGUCUGCUUCUUUGAGGCUGGAAGGAGCAUAGCCCACAAAUGCGCCCGCUUUCUUGCACUUUGUAUUAGCAAUGGGAAAGGAGACCCGAGUCAGCAGGGUUUUGGCAUGGGUCUGCUGAAGGCCCUGCUGGACAAUAUGCCUUACUUGCCUGCAGCAGCGACAGGUGGGUCAGUGUUUUGGUACUUUGUGCUGCUGAACUACGUGAAGGAUGAAGACCUGGCGGGCUGCAGCACGGCCUGCGCCUCUCUCCUCACCGCCGUCUCCCGGCAACUUCAGGACCGCCUCACCCCCCUGGAGGCCCUGCUGCAGACCAGAUAUGGCCUGUACAGUUCCCCGUUUGACCCUGUGCUGUUUGACCUGGAGGUCAGCGGCUCCUCCUGUAAGAAUGCCUUCAACAGCAGCAUCGGGGUCCAAUCUGACGAGAUCGACCUGUCCGACAUCCUCUCAGGGAACGGCAAGGUGAGCAGCUGUACGGCGGCCGAGGGCAGCUUCACAGCCCUGACGGGCCUGCUGGAGGUGGAGCCUCUCCACUUCAGCUGCAUCUCCACCAGCGACGGCACCAGGGUGGAGAGGGACGACGCCAGCAUGUUCACAGUGAGCACGUUCGGGGUGACCCCAGCGGUCGGAGGCCUGUCGGCGGGCACGGUGGGCGAGGCGUCGACGGCGCUGAGCUCGGCGGCGCAGGUGGCGCUGCAGUCGCUCUCCCACGCCAUGGUGUCUGCAGAGCAGCAGCUGCAGGUGCUGCAGGAGAAACAGCAGCAGCUGCUCAAGCUGCAACAGCAGAAGGCCAAGCUGGAGGCAAAGCUGCACCAGACCACAUCAGCAGCGGCCGCCGCCGCCUCCGGCGUGGGCCCCAUCCACAACUCGGUGUCAUCCAACCCCUCGUCGGCGCCCGGCUUCUUCAUCCACCCCUCCGACGUCAUCCCGCCGACGCCCAAGACCACGCCCCUCUUCAUGACCCCGCCCCUCACCCCGCCCAACGAGGCGGUGUCGGCGGCGUUCAGCGCCGAGCUGGCCCACCUGUUCCCCGGCUCCAUGAUCGACCCUCCGCCCGUCAACCUGGCCGCGCACAAGAACAGCCAGAAAGCCAAACCGAACCCCAUGGGCAGUGGUUUGGCGCUGGCCAUCUCCCAGGCCUCGCACUUCCUCCAGCCUCCCCCACACCAGUCCAUCAUCAUCGAGCGCAUGCACUCUGGAGCACGUCGGUUUGUGACCCUGGACUUCGGCCGCCCCGUUCUGCUAACCGACGCCCUGAUCCCCACCUGCGGCGACCUGGCCUCCCUGUCCAUCGACAUCUGGACGCUGGGCGAGGAGGUGGACGGCCGCCGGCUGGUGGUGGCCACGGACAUCAGCACCCACUCCCUCAUCCUGCACGACCUGCUGCCGCCCCCCGUCUGCAGGUUCAUGAAGAUCACUGUGAUUGGACGCUACGGCAGCACCAACGCCCGGGCCAAGAUCCCGCUGGGCUUCUACUACGGCCACACCUACAUCCUGCCCUGGGAGAGCGAGCUGAAGCUGAUGCACGACCCGCUGAGGGGAGAGAGCGACGCGGCCAGCCAGCCGGACGUGGACCAGCACCUGGCCAUGAUGGUGGCCCUGCAGGAGGACAUCCAGUGCAGGUACAACCUGGCGUGCCACCGCCUGGAGACCCUCCUGCAGAACAUCGACCUGCCGCCCCUCAACAGCGCCAACAACGCCCAGUACUUCCUGCGCAAGCCCGACAAGGCGGUGGAGGAGGACUCGCGCGUCUUCUCCGCCUACCAGGACUGCAUCCAGCUGCAGCUGCAGCUCAACCUGGCGCACCACGCCGUCCAGAGGCUGCGUGUGUCCCUGGGGGUGGGCCGCAUGCUGCUGCCCGAGCCCUACGACCCGCGCCAGCUCAUCCACAACUCGUCCACCGAGCAGCUGCGCACCAUCAUCCGCUACCUGCUGGACACGCUGCUCAGCCUCCUGCACUCGUCCAAUGGCCACUCUGUGCCCUCGGUGCUCCAGAGCACGUUCCACGCCCAGGCCUGCGAGGAGCUCUUCAAGCACCUGUGCAUCAGCGGCACGCCCAAGAUCCGUCUGCACGCCGGCCUGCUGCUGGUGCAGCUGUGCGGGGGCGAGCGCUGGUGGGGCCAGUUCCUCUCCAACGUGCUGCAGGAGCUCUACAACUCGGAGCAGCUGCUCAUCUUCCCCCAGGACAGGGUGUUCAUGCUCCUGUCCUGCAUCGGCCAGAGGUCCCUGAGUAACAGUGGGGUGCUGGAGGGCCUCCUCAACCUGCUGGACAGCCUGCUGUCCCCGCUGCAGCAGCCCCUGGCGGCCGCCCAGCGCAGAACCGAAGGCGUGCUGGACAUCCCCAUGAUCAGCUGGGUGGUGAUGCUGGUGUCUCGGCUGCUGGACUACGUGGCCAGCGUGGAGGACGAGGCCUCGGCAGGGAAGAAGCACCUGGGGGGGAAGGACCGAGAGAGGACCUUCACAGGGAACCAGUGGAGCUUCAUCAACAACAGUCUCCAGUCCCAGAGCUCCAGCAGGUCCACCAAGGGCAACAGCAGUCUGGACCGCCUCUACUCGCGCAAGAUCCGCAAGCAGCUGGUCCACCACAAACAGCAGUUAAAUCUAUUGAAAGCGAAACAGAAAGCUCUGGUGGAGCAGAUCGAGAAGGAGAAGAUCCAGAGCAACAAGGGCUCGUCCUACAAGCUGCUGGUGGAGCAGGCCAAGCUCAAGCAGGCCACAUCCAAGCACUUCAAGGACCUGAUCCGGCUCCGGCGCACGGCCGAGUGGCCCCGCUCCACCCUGGACACGGAGGCCACGGCCGCCAAGGAGGCCCCCGAGGUGGAGCCCCUCCCCUUCACGCUGGCCCACGAGCGCUGCAUCUCUGUGGUGCAGAAGCUGGCCCUCUUCCUGCUCUCCAUGGACUUCACCUGCCACGCCGACCUGCUGCUCUUCGUCUGCAAGGUCUUGGCCAGGAUAGCCAACGCCACGCGGCCCACCAUCCACCUGUGCGAGGUGGUGUCCGAGCAGCAGCUGGAGCGCCUGCUGCUCCUGCUGGUGGGGACCGACUUCAACAGGGGGGACAUCUCCUGGGGGGGCGCCUGGGCCCAGUACUCCCUCACCUGCAUGCUGCAGGACAUCCUGGCAGGGGAGCUGCUGUCGCCAGGCUCUCUGGAGGGGAUGGAUGAGGGGGCGGUGGGCGAGGAGGCGGGGGCCUCGUCGUCCUCGGCGGGGGCUGACUCGGACGACGCCAUGCCCCAGCCCCAGGCCGUCCCCCUGGUGGAGACCAUGGACGAUGCCCUGGGGCCCGAUAUCAUCGCAGGUGCUCCACCUCUGUCAUCUUUGGAAAAAGAUAAAGACAUAGACUUUGACUUGCUACAAGACCUCAUGGAUGUUGAUAUUGAUCCUUUAGAUAUUGAUUUGGAAAAAGAUCCGCUCGCCGCCAAAGUCUUUAAGCCUAUCAGCAGCACCUGGUACGACUACUGGGGCGCUGACUACGGUACGUACGGUUACAACCCCUACAUCGGGGGGGUGGGGAUCCCCGUGUCCAAGCCGCCGGCCGCUGCAGAGAAGCCCGGCUCCCAGAGUCUCUCCGUGUCCGUGUCUCAAGCGUUGGACGCCCGUCUGGAGGUGGGUCUGGAACAGCAGGCUGAGCUCAUGCUGAAGAUGAUGGCCACGCUGGAGGCCGACUCCAUCUUACAGGCGCUCACGUCCAACUCCCCUGCAGUUUCCCAGGCCUCCAACGGAACAGAUGAUUCCUUGUUGCGGGGGCUCCACGGCUCCCCCCCGGCCAGCUGCCUGAUGGUGCAGGCCUCGUCCAUCCCCAUGCUGAGCGCCUGCUUCAACAAGCUGUUCUCCAUGCUGCAGGUGCAUCACGUCCAGCUGGAGUCUCUGCUGCAGCUGUGGCUCACCCUCAGCCUCAACUCCUGCUCCGGGGGCAGCGAGGAGAGCGGCUCCGACAUCUUCUUGUUCAACGCCAGCAGAGUGCCCACCAUUCCGCUCAACCAAGCUUCCAUCAGCAGUUUCCUGACGGUGCUGGCCUGGUACCCCAACACCUCCCUGAGGACCUGGUGUCUGGUGCUGCACUCCCUCACCCUCAUGACCAACAUGCCUACAUGUGCCGCCAGCAACGGCAUGGCCAGCGUCCACGAGAGCACGGCCCAGCAGAUGGUGUCGGACUCCACGCUGGUGCACGUCCUGGUGCGCUUCCUGUCGGGCAGCAACCCCCACGGCACCAGCCAGCACAGCUCCCAGGUGGGGCCCACGGCCACGCAGGCCAUGCAGGAGUUCCUCACCCGCCUCCAGGUGCACCUCUCCUCCACCUGCCCCCACAUGUUCAGCGAGUUCCUGCUCAAGCUCAUGCACAUCCUGUCCACAGAGAGGGGGCCCUUCCAGUCCGGCCAGGGUCCUCUGGACGCCCAGGUCAAGCUCCUGGAGUUCACCCUGGAGCAGAACUUCGAGGUGGUGUCCGUCAGCACCAUCUCCUCCGUCAUCGAGUCCAUCACCUUCCUGGUGCACCACUACAUCACCUGCUCCGACAAGGUGGUGUCGCGCAGCGGCUCCGACAGCACGGUGGGCGCCCGCGCCUGCUUCGGGGGCCUCUUCGCCAACAUCAUCCGCCCGGGCGACGCCAAGGCCGUGUGCGGCGAGACCACUCGGGACCAGCUGAUGUUCGACCUCCUCAAGCUGGUCAACGCCCUGGUGCAGCUGCCUCUGUCGGGCGACCGGGAGUUCAGCGGGCGCCUGCCACCGCCGGGCAGCGGGGCGGCCGACAGCAGCGUCUCGGACGAGGAGAAGGUGUGCGGCAGCAAGGAGGCGCCGGCCGGGGGGUCCGCGGCCAAUCAGGGACCGGCGGCGGGCGUGGCGGACCUGGUCCUAGCCAAUCAGCAGAUCAUGAGUCAGAUCCUGUCUGCCCUGGGUCAGUGUAAUAGCAGCGCCAUGGCUAUGAUCAUAGGUGCCAGCGGACUCCACCUCACCAAGCACGAGAACUUCCACGGCGGCCUGGACGCCAUCUCCGUCGGGGACGGCCUCUUCACCAUCCUCACCACCCUCAGCAAGAGGGCCACCUCCGUGCAAGUCAUGCUGCAGCCCAUCCUCACCUACAUGGCCUGCGGCUACAUGGGCAGACAGGGCUCUCUGUCGACCUGCCAGCUGUCUGAGCCGCUGCUCUGGUUCAUCCUCCGAGUGCUCGACACCAGCGAGGCGCUCAAGGCCUUCCACGACAUGGGUGGGGUGCAGCUGAUCUGUAACAACAUGGUGACCAGCACGAGGGCCAUCGUGAACACGGCCCGCAGCAUGGUGUCCACCAUCAUGAAGUUCCUGGACUCGGGGCCGGGCAAGGCGGCGGACGGCAGCCUCAAGGCCCGCGUGCUGGCCUCCGAGCCGGACAACGCAGAGGGGCUCCACAACUUUGCUCCUUUAGGCACCAUCACCUCCAGCAGCCCCACCGCCCAGCCCGCCGAGGUCCUGCUCCAGGCCACGCCCCCUCACCGCCGCGCCCGCUCGGCCGCCUGGUCCUACAUCUUCCUGCCCGAGGAGGCGUGGUGCGACCUCACCAUCCACCUGCCCGCCGCCGUGCUGCUGAAGGAGCUCCACAUCCAGCCCCACCUGGCCUCGCUCGCCACCUGCCCGUCCUCCGUGUCGGUGGAGAUCAGUGCCGACGGGGUGAACAUGCUGCCCCUCUCCACGCCGGUCAUCACCAGCGGCCUCACCUACAUCAAGAUCCAGCUGGUGAAGGCGGAGGUGGCGUCGGCCGUCUGCCUGCGCCUGCACCGCCCCCGGGACGCCAGCACCCUGGGCCUGUCCCAGAUCAAGCUGCUGGGCCUCACCGCCUUCGGGAACACCUCCUCGGCCACGGUCAACAACCCCUUCCUGCCCUCCGAGGACCAGGUCUCCAAAACCAGUAUCGGCUGGCUCCGCCUCCUCCACCACUGCCUGACCCACGUCAGCGACCUGGAGGCCACGAUGGCCAGCGCGGCCGCGCCCACCGCCAACCUGCUGCAGACGUGCGCCGCCCUGCUCAUGUCGCCCUACUGCGGCAUGCACUCGCCCAACAUCGAGGCCGUGCUGGUGAAGAUCGGCCUGCAGUCCACGCGCAUCGGCCUCAAGCUCAUCGACAUCCUGCUGAGGAACUGCGCCGCCUCCGGCACCGACCCCACCAACCUGAACAGCCCUCUGCUGUUUGGAAGACUCAACGGCCUCUCCUCAGACUCCACCAUCGACAUUCUCUACCAGCUGGGAACCACACAGGACCCCGGGACCAAGGACAGGAUCCAAGCCCUCCUCCAGUGGGUCCACGACUCGUCCAGAGUCGCGGCCCACAAGAGAUGCAGCCCCGUGGGCUACAUGGGCCCAAGCUCCUCCUCCUCCUCCUCGUCGCGGGAGUACGGCCUCCUCAUGCCCUCCCCCUCCCACCUCCACUGCGUGGCGGCCAUCUUGUGGCACAGCUACGAGCUGCCGGUGGACUACGACCUCCCGGUGCUGCUGAACAGGGAGCUCUUUGAACUGCUGUACAACUGGUCCAUGUCGCUGCCCUGCACCAUGGUGUUGAAGAAGGCCGUGGACAGCCUGCUGUGCUCCAUGUGUCACAUCCACCCGGGGUACUUCUCCCUGCUCAUGUCCUGGAUGGGCAUCGUGGCGGCGCCCGCCGCCGCCCACUCCCAGGCCCAGCACCACCGCCUGUCCAUGACCGACGACGGCAAGAAGCAGCACGACCUCAGCGCCACCGCCUCGGCCGCCGCCACGGCCGCCGGCCUCACCGACGACUCCAAGCACGCGCGGCCGCCCGUCAGCCUGUCCGAGUCGCAGCUGGCCACGCUGGCCGCCGCCUCGCAGUCGCCGGGGGCCAUCGAGCAGCUCCUGGACUCUGGGCUGCCGUCGCUGCUGGUGCGCAGCCUGGCCGGGCUCUGCUGCGGCCUCCUGGCCAGCGCCGACCUGCCCCUGCCCGCCGCCGCCUCCGCCCAGGCCGAGCGGAGACACCACCACCAUCACCACCACCAGCACCUCCAUCACCCCCACUCCUCCUCCUCCUCGCAAGCGAGAGCGCCCCUGUCCGCCGAGCUAGCGGCGCCCGUGUUGCGCUUCUUGACCGAGGUGGGGAACAGCCACGCCAUGAAGGACUGGCUGGGGGGCCCCGAGGUGAACCCCCUGUGGACGGCGCUGCUGUUCCUCCUGUGCCACUCCAGCGCCAGCGCGGGCGGCACCGCCACCCACGGCCACGCCUCCGCCUCCGGGGGAGGGGCCCAGGCGGCGGGCCCCAGCGGAGCGUGCUGCGCCCCGCCCCCGGCCCCGCCGCAGCCCUCGGGCUCGCGCUACUCGCUGGCGUCGUCCAUGCGCAGCGGGGGGCUGACCACGCAGCAGAGGACGGCGCUGGAGAACGCCACGGUGGCCUUCUUCCUGCAGUGCAUCUCCUGCCACCCCAACAACCAGAGACUUAUGGCCCAGGUGCUGUGUGAGCUCUUCCAGUCGGCCCCCCAGCGAGGCAACGUGCCCGUCUCCGGCAACAUCUCGGGCUUCAUCCGCAGGCUCUUCCUGCAGCUCAUGCUGGAGGACGAGAAGGUCACCGUCUUCCUGCAGUCCCCGUGUCCGUUGUACAAAGGACGCAUCAACGCCACGAGUCACGUGAUCCAGCACCCCAUGUACGGAGCGGGACACAAAUACCGCACCCUCCACCUGCCCAUCUCCACCACGCUGGCCGAGGUCCUGGACCGGGUGUCAGACACCCCCAGCAUCACAGCCAAGUUGAUCAACGAGCAGAAGGAGGACAAGGAGAAAAAGAACCACGAGGAGAAGGAGAAGAUGAAAGCCGACAGCGGCUUCCAGGACAACUACAGUGUCGUCGUGGCCUCAGGUUUGAAGUCCCAGUCCAAGAGAGCGCUGUCCACCCCUCCCCGCCCCCCCUCCCGGAGGGGCCGCGUGAUGAGCGACAAGUUGACCGCCUCCUCAGGUGUGGACCCCUCUGCCAAAACCAUCAGUGUGCCUGUCUUCCACCUCUACCACAAGCUGCUCCCAGGUCAGCCGCUGCCGGCUGAGAUGACCCUGGCUCAGCUGCUCACCCUCCUGUACGACCGGCGGCUGCCCCAGGGCUACCGCUCCAUCGACCUGACCGUCAAGCUGGGCUCCAAGGUCAUCUCCGACCCCGGCCUCUCCAAGACGGACUCCUUCAAGAGGCUGCGCACAGAGAAAGUGGAACACUGUGAGAUGCUGAGCAGCUGCCCCGAGGAUGAGCCCAUGACCCCGGGUGACGAGUGCCUGGAUGCCGCCAUCGACGAGUCCCUGCUGGAGACCAACCCCAUCCAGUCGCCGCUGCAGGUGUUCGCUGGGAUGGGCGGCCUGGCCCUCAUCGCCGAGCGGCUGCCCAUGCUGUACCCCGACGUCAUCCAGCAGAAAAUUGAGUUAUUCAGGCAGUCUCCCAGAGCCACUGGUGGCUGGCACCAGGCUCCCCACAACGGCCACCAAGUGACCGCCCCCGUGGUUCCCUCGGCCACGCAGGAGAAGCCCAAGGACAGCGACCAGUUCGAGUGGGUCACCAUCGAGCAGUCGGGCGAGCUGGUGUACGAGGCGCCGGAGACCAUCGCCGCCGAGCCGCCGCCCAUCAGCAAGUCGUCCGUGCAGACCAUGUCGCCCAUCCCCGCCCACUCGCUGGCGGCGUUCGGCCUGUUCCUGCGCCUCCCGGGCUACGCCGAGGUGCUGCUCAAGGAGAGAAAGCACGCCCAGUGCCUCCUGCGCCUCGUGCUGGGGGUGACGGACGACGGCGAAGGCAGUCACAUCCUGCAGUCUCCGUCCGCCAACGUGCUGCCCACGCUGCCCUUCCACGUGCUGCGGGCGCUGUUCAGCACCACGCCCCUGACCACGGACGACGGCGUGCUGCUGCGCCGCAUGGCGCUGGAGAUCGGGGCCAUCCACCUGAUCCUGGCCUGUCUGUCGGCGCUCAGCCACCACGCGCCCCGCAUCCCCAACGCCAGCGGCAACUCUUCUGAGCCCCAGGUCUCCAGCGGGCACGGCGCGGGCACCAGUGAGGAGCAGCAGCUGUACUGGGCCAAGGGCACGGGCUUCGGGACGGGCUCCACGGCGUCGGGCUGGGACGUGGAGCAGGCCCUCACCAAGCAGCGGCUGGAGGAGGAGCACGUCACCUGCCUGUUACAGGUGCUGGCCAGCUACAUCAACCCAGCGGGCUGCGGGGGGGGCCACGGGGAGGCCCCUGCGGGGGAGAGCAGCAGCCCCAACAGCAACGCCCUGCCCUCGGUGCUCCAGGAGCUGCUCAGCCAGUCCUGCCUCAUCCCAGCCAUGUCCUCGUACCUACGCAACGACUCCGUUCUGGACAUGGCACGCCACGUGCCCCUGUACCGGGCCCUGCUGGAGCUGCUGAGGGCCACCUCCACCUCCACCGCCCUGGUGCCCCUGCUGCUGCCCCUGUCGGGAGACCCCGGGGCCCCGGACGAGGAGGAGGACGACGACGAGGAGCACGCCGAGGGCCAGAGCUCGGUGGGCAUGCUGCUGGCCAAGAUGAAGACCUGCGUGGACACCUACACCAACCGCCUCAGGUCGAAGAAAGACAAGAGUAAAGUGGUAAAGACGGACCCCUCGGACCCAGAGCCGGAGGGCCUGACCCUGCUGGUCCCAGACAUCCAGAGGACGGCGGAGAUCGUCUACGCCGCCACCACCAGCCUCCGGCAGGCCAACCAGGAGAGGAAGCUGGCCGAGUCGUCAAAGAAGGUGUCCACGCGGGCCAAGCCCUUGUCCAUCCUGCGCUCAGUGGAGGAAAAAUUUGUUGCCGCCAUGAAGAAGCUCCAGUUUGACACGUUCGAGAUGGUGUCGGAGGACGAGGACGGCAAGCUGGUGUUCAAGGUCAACUACCACUACAUGUCUCAGGUGAAGAACGCCAACGACGCCAACAGUGCGGCGCGCGCCCGCCGCCUGGCGCAGGAGUCCGUCACGCUGUCCACCUCGCUGCCGCUGUCCUCCUCCUCCAGCGUGUUCGUCCGCUGCGACGAGGAGCGCCUCGACAUCAUGAAGGUUCUCAUCACGGGCCCGGCAGACACGCCCUACGCCAACGGCUGCUUUGAGUUUGACGUGUACUUCCCCCAGGACUACCCCAACUCCCCCCCCCUGGUCAACCUGGAGACCACCGGGGGCCACAGCGUGCGCUUCAACCCCAACCUCUACAACGACGGCAAGGUGUGUUUAAGCAUCCUCAACACCUGGCACGGGAGACCCGAGGAGAAGUGGAACCCACAUACCUCUAGCUUCUUACAGGUGCUGGUGUCGGUCCAGUCCUUGAUCCUCGUGGCGGAGCCCUACUUCAACGAGCCGGGCUACGAGCGCUCGCGCGGCACCCCCAGCGGCACGCAGAGUUCCCGCGAGUACGACGGCAACAUCCGGCAGGCUUCGGUCAAGUGGGCCAUGCUGGAGCAGAUGCGCAACCCCUCGCCCUGCUUCAAAGAGGUGAUCCACAAGCACUUCUACCUGAAGCGGGCGGAGAUCAUGGGGCAGUGUGAGGAGUGGAUCGCCGACAUCCAGCAGUACAGCACCGACAAGAGAGUGGGCCGCACCAUGUCCCACCACGCUGCAGCUCUCAAGCGUCACACGGCCCAGCUCCGAGAGGAGCUCCUCAAGCUGCCCUGCCCAGAGGGCCUGGAGCCCGACGCCGAGGAAUUCUCAGAGAAGACCACCGCCCUCAUGGUCAAGGAGCAGCCCAAUCAGGAUGCGGAGAAGCCAAGCGGCAGCCAGGAAGGCCACUGCAGCGAGGGCCAGCUAUGAGCCCCGCCCCCCCCUCAGCACCUGUCCCGCCCCUUUUAGCAGUGGCCACUCCUCCUCACGACUAUUACUAUUGUUAUUGAAUAGACUUGACGGCUUUGAAGCACAAGCCACCAUUUUGUCAAUAUUUGUAUGUAAGAAUCUAAUUAUGUAAUAGCUGAAAAAGAGAGGACCGGGGAAAUGCGACAAUAUGAAACCGCUUACAAAACGACAAAAAUAAGACAAAAACUCAGAACUAUGCUAUGCCCUUAAGGAAACAGUCAACAAAAACGAAAUUAUCUUUUAUUUACCUGUAAAAGAGUGUAAACUUUUGUGCUUUUUUCCAAUUGUGAAAUAACCACUGAUUGGUAUGUUAUUAAACUUGUUUAUGUAUACAUAAUGACAGAGCAAAUCACAGAAUAUAUAAGGGAACUACCUUUAGAGAAGAAUGUUUACUGAAUGUUAAUUUCCUUUCCUUUUUUUUCUUUUUUUUUUUUUUUUCUUUUUUGGACUGUUAGCGCAAGGACAGUUGUAACCAAGAAUAUAUUGGUCAUUCUUUAAGAAUACUAUUUAAAAUCCGAGAAAUAAGGACACACACACGUACACUUUCCUGAAUUUGAGAAAUAUUCUGGUUUCCCAUUGACAUCGCUUAUUUGAUUUCUACAGGAAACUGUAAACUUCAAUAAAGGCUGAAAUGGACAUUCUUAACUGCUAUGAUGUUAUCCCUUUUACAGGUUGUUCUGAAAUGCUAUGAACAUGUUUUUUUUCUGCCUCACUAAUUCUGAAUGCAAGUUUAAUAAAUGCAACCUGUUUUACUUUG